AAGAUAUAUUUCAACCUGGUCGACCAUACCCCUUGAAUCCAACUUUUCCGACAGACCAAAUGACGUCUGUUGACUCGAUCCUAAAGCAUAUCUUACUUCGUGUUCAAGACAUCCAAUGCCUCACCAGUACUCAUCCAUCUAUAACAUCGUCGCGCUCGAUUACACCUCAAUUAUAUUCUCCACAACAACCUAUUGCUAAUAUUUCCCUCCCCGACCCGCCCCCAUUACAGCCUGCCCUUAUGGCUGCUGGUGCCUGUCCAGAAAUUUCACUGGCGAUGGACCAAGAAUACCAGAAACGGGCUGCUGAAUUGCGAGCUUUCUGUCACUCAACUGUAGGCCAUGUAUGCUCAAAUCAGGCGCAGUAUUCGCCCAAGUUUCGCUAUGUCCCCGAACAAAAACUCCUACCCGCAUUCACCGAGCUAUACCUCAGACAGCUUGCCGCUUGGAGAGAAGAUUGUGUCGUCUUGUAUCUUAAACAUUCAUCGACAGUCGACAAUGCACAACGUUCAAGUGGUACCACAAAAUUUAAUCAUGAAUAUGUUCCGUUGCUUGAAUACUUCUUCGCAGAGAACCCGUUUCCAACUCAGGCAGACAAAGCUUUCCUUGCAAAGAAAUCAGCAAUGUCAUAUCGUCAAAUUCAUGUUUGGUUUCAAAAUAGGCGUAACAGAAUGAAGAAAGAAGGUCAGGUGUUAAGAAAGAAACCAGUGGCUGAGGGUGCCACUCUUCCGUUGGAUAACCUGUACCAGCGUAUGGAGAAAUUCAUCGUACCGGAAGAAAGGAGGGCGCACACGGCGCAUUCCAGUCUUCCAGAUCUUCCUACCAAGCAAGGAGACGAGAUGAUGUCUAUAACAGACAACCGAUGCAACCCACUUGAGUCUCUGGCGCCUUUGCACGCAUUUCCAUCGGAGUAUCCCCCUUCAUGCUCGUAUGAUCCUUUCCCGUCAAGGAAUGGCGUCACGAAUUUUGGUGCGCCAGAAUGGCUCCGGCGCCCAAGUAACAAAGCUGUUCGACGUCCUUCGUUGGACAUUGAUGGGCUCGUAGACUACUUCUCGAGGAUAAAUAUUCUGGAUGAUUCUGGUUCGCGUUCACGCGGCAGCGUCGAUUCAUGUGCAGCUGUAGCUGCCAUUACAGUUGUACCCUUCCCUGCACCUCUGCCUGCCCUCAUUCGGGGGACAGCUAUGCAUACCGCACCCGUCCGCGCUCCCCUACUUUCCGUUCCCGCAACCGCAUCUCGUCGGCAUGUUUUCAACACUCCCAGUCCGCAAUCAAGACCUAUCACAUUGGUACCGGCAUCCGAGGCCCCAACAGGCCAGAAGGUCCGCCGCCGGAAAAUGGCGCCUUUGCCGAAACGCAUCCCUCAUGGGAACCCGAUAUCUCAUCGUGGAGUCACGCCAGCCGUUUCGGAGGCAUCUGUCGCCUCGCCUUCGCAAUCGUCGUCGCGUUCGUCUUCAUUUGGGUCUGAGAGUUCCUCGCAGAGCCACCUGUUCUCAAGCACAAGCUCCACAUCAAGCAGUUCCUCUAGUCUCAUGACGCCGCCACCAUCAUCCCCCUCACCUCCCAUGCAUCUCGGGUCUCCUUCAGCAUCAUCAUUCAAUUUCUCUUCAAAUAUGGCCGAUCUGUUCGGCGAUGCCUUGGAAAGCAUUCCCUCGCCGGCCGAGGGACUUCAGCUUGAUUUUAAUUCAAGCAUUUUUGGGGAUGCGCACAAUCUGAAGUCACCAACGUUUGACUUCUCCUUCGGUGCACCCCCGGCAGCGAAUCUUGUUCGCGCACGGUCAUAAGCCGCUCUGUAGUAAGGUGUCCACGGACUUCAUAUUCGCAUGCUCCAGAUAGAGCUUGCUUUCUACCUUUGGCACGCCAUGCCUCACUGCUGCGGAACAUCCAGCGGUGACGAAGGGCUACGGCAGCGCCCUAAUGCAUUACUUCAUCUAAUACCCUGAAGCGGAUCCUAUGCAACCAAUACAAGUCCUAUGUCUAUGAUAGUGCAUCUUGACUUAUGCUGUAUUUUACUGCUGUCUAAUCACUGCUCUUGCAUUUUCUAGUAUAUAUUCCCUUUCUCGCAAUAUCCUUGCUUUUUGCUCAUUCGAUGUUGUCUAGUCAUUGUUAUAUGGAUCUGUACUUGCUGUAUGUAUGCUAUGAACAAUUGGAACUGGAUACUGGAUGUAUUGUUGUCACUGAGCUGAACGAAACCGAUCACAGCU